AUGGUAAUACAGCAACUAUUGGGCCAGAAUCUAAAAUUAGUUCUUCUGUUACAGCAACAAAAAAAUCUCGAAGGAUACGUGGGCUUUGCAAACCUCCCUAAUCAAGUCUACAGAAAGUCUGUGAAAAGAGGAUUUGAAUUUACAUUGAUGGUUGUAGGUGAAUCAGGAUUAGGAAAGUCGACGCUCAUCAACUCUUUGUUUCUGACUGACUUGUAUUCAUCAGACUACCCAGGCCCGUCACAUAGGAUCAAAAAAACAGUAAUGGUUGAACAGUCAAAAGUAUUCAUUAAAGAAGGUGGUGUUCAGUUAUUACUCACAAUAGUCGAUACACCAGGGUUUGGCGAUGCUGUGGACAACAGUAACUGCUGGCAACCUGUCAUUGAUCACAUCGAUAGCAAAUUUGAAGAUUACCUUAAUGCUGAAUCCCGUGUGAACCGGCGCCAGAUGCCAGACAGCAGGGUUCAUUGUUGUUUAUACUUCAUUGCUCCUUCAGGACAUGGACUAAAGCCGUUGGAUAUUGAAUUUAUGAAACGCCUACAUGAAAAGGUCAAUAUCAUUCCACUCAUUGCCAAAGCAGACACCCUUACCCCUGAAGAAUGUCAGCAGUUCAAGAGACAGGUGAUGCGAGAAAUCCAGGAACAUAAAAUAAAGAUAUAUGAAUUCCCAGAAACUGAUGAUGAAGAAGAAAACAAGUUGGUAAAAAAGGUUAAGGAUCGUUUACCUCUAGCUGUUGUAGGUAGUAAUACUAUUAUAGAGGUGAAUGGAAAACGAGUCAGAGGAAGACAAUAUCCAUGGGGAGUUGCCGAGGUUGAAAAUAGUGAGCACUGUGACUUCACAAUCUUACGAAACAUGUUGAUCAGAACUCACAUGCAAGAUCUGAAAGAUGUAACGAACAAUGUUCACUAUGAGAACUACAGGAGCAGAAAAUUGGCUGCAGUCACAUAUAAUGGUGUUGAUAACAAUAAAAACAAAGGACAGUUGACCAAAUUUGACACAGUUGAAGGCAUAAGCCCUCUGGCCCAGAUGGAGGAAGAACGGAGGGAACAUGUGGCAAAGAUGAAGAAAAUGGAGAUGGAAAUGGAACAAGUCUUUGAAAUGAAAGUUAAAGAGAAGAUUCAGAAGUUGAAAGAUUCUGAGGCAGAGCUUCAGCGACGCCACGAGCAAAUGAAGAAGAAUUUAGAGGCACAACACAAAGAACUUGAAGAGAAACGUCGCCAGUUUGAAGAUGAGAAACAGAAUUGGGAGGCUCAACAGCGCAUUCUGGAGCAACAAAAACUAGAUUCCACCAGGACCUUGGAAAAGAACAAGAAGAAAGGGAAGAUCUUUUAAAACAUUGAAGACCACCAAAUUACAAACUUGCCAAUUUGUCGGCCCUGGACUUUUUUUCUUUAUUUUGAAAGGAUUCAACUUUGCACCUAUUAUCUCUAUAUAAUGUUAAUGUAUUAGCAUGUGAUAUGGCCAAUCUAAUACAAUGUUUGUACAUUAAUUUCUAUUUGUAGUCUCUAGAAUAGGAAGCUAGAAAAGUAUUGAGUUAUCUAGGGUAAUGCAUGUAGAGACACAACAUCUGAAUUUUUUUUAAAAAACAAAAAUCUGAUGCCUCCCUUUUUAUGCAGAUAAAUGUGUUACUGUCAUGCAAUCAUGUUCUGGUGGUUGAUUGUUUACAGAAUAUUGACUGUUCUUCCAUAGAUGUGGGAACUUUGAAUGAUGUUUAUAAGAAACAGUGCUAUAACUUGUUGCAGCUUUUUUCUGCUUCAGAAAUAACACAAAAACCUCAUGGUGCAGCUAUAGCAUUGUCUUGUCUUAACACAUUUUAGUUCUGGGCAGCACCAGUUUCUGUUCCACCUUUCAGUGUUCUCCUGUCCCCACAAUGUACAGAAAUGUUAUAGGGCUUGUGUGGAAACUCAGCCAUUCACAUAAUGUAUUGUCUUAGAUUUUUGCUGUUUCCAUUAAAUAAUUAAUGCUCUCUAGCAACUCUUUUACCUUUUUUGUAACUGCUUCACUUAUUGUAACAAUUAAUUUAGAUACUUCAUAUAUUGCCCAGCUGAAAAAUUUUAAAAAGCAUAGCUUUUGUAUGUUAGAAAAUAAUGAGGGGGGUGGGGAGGGUCAGGGAAUUCAACAAAAUACUUUCUCUUGCAUUUUAUUGUAACUGACUUCACGUACUUCAUUACAUGUAAACUCUGGAGCCAUUAAUGCACCAUCCUCCAGCAAAGUGCAAUCAGGCUUGUAUCUCCUUACUCAAUGGAAUUCAUGGUCUCCAAAGGCAGGGCGGUUGGGGGAGGGUGAGAGGGACAAAGUCACAUUUCGCUGUAUACAUGUUAGCCAUCUCUGUAUUUUUGUUUGUAUUGUACAGAGUCACAUAAUAAAGCAAUGUUGUGAUGACAA